CAUCAAGUUACUGGCAGUUCAGGACCUGCUGGAGCGGGAGGCUCUCCAUAAGAUCUGUUUGGAGUUGAAUCAGGGGACACUAGCCAGUGUACGGAGGUGGAAAUGGCCACAAGGUCUUUGGAAAAGUAUUGUAUCUGACAAACCAACAGGACACUCAAGCAAGGGAAGGAUUUACUCUGGCUUUCUCUGGGAUGCCUCAUCAGGCAUUGACCUGAAGGAUGCUUGGGUCCUGGAGUCUGCGGCUGUCAAUGGCAACGGGAAUGAUGCUGACCCUCGGCUCUACCUGGCUCACUUCUCAGUUGGGUCACUGGAGCUAACGGUGGUUAAUGUCCAUCUGUCGACCACAGCAGCAGCAGGAGAGUCCAUCAGUAAAAACAACAGUUCAGAAGAAGCCAAGUGUCAGUGUUUCCCCCACAGCCUCCUGGAAACACUCAAAGGUGAGCAGCCACUGUUGUUACUGGGAGACUUCGGCUGCUCUCCUCAGAGCUCAGAGCUGGACGUUCUGAGGAAAGAGAAGCUCUGUGCCUUGGUCCCAUCAACCCAGUUCACAAACAUCAGCACUCGAACGCCACAGGGGACAUGCUGCUUGGAUAACAUCUGGCUCAGCCGCUCCCUCAAGAAGGUCUACACAGGUCACUGCCUAGUGGUGCGGGAGGGCCUGACUAAUCCCUGGAUUCCAGAUAACUGGUCCUGGGGUGGUGUGGCUUCAAACCACUGCCCUGUUGUGGCUGAGUUUUACACCCAUCUAUCCUGUAAGGAGCUGAGCAGAGUGGCAGCGGUGGACCGAGGAGAGGUUUUAUCCAAACAUGAGCGAUGACAGCAGGCACAGUUCACCUACAUACAGGGACCCAGACCCACCUCAUCCUGGACCACCCUGAUUCUGAAUCCUACCAAUCCUGGAUCUUUGUCAGUCUAAGUUGCUGUAGAGCAAAACGUCUAAUCUAAGAUGACAAGUAAUACAAUGUUCAAAUACAUGUGUACUGUGUACAAAUAUACAGCUGACAUGUUCUUCAAAAUGAGAUGUGCCAUACAUUUUUUUACAUGUAAUUAAAAUAAAUUAAUUAAUUAAUAAA